UGCCGCGGGCGCCUCCCCCUAUGGAGCAGCCUCGCCAUGGAGCCCCUCACAGCGCUCAGCCAGGAGGGCGCGGGCGGCGGGGAACCGCCGGGCGGCGGACCGCUCUGGACGGCCGUCUUCGAGUACGAGGCGUGCGGCGAGGACGAGCUGAGCCUGCGGCCGGGAGACGUGGUGCAGGUGCUGUCCCGGGACUCGCAGGUGUCCGGCGACGAGGGCUGGUGGACGGGGCAGAUCGACCAGCGCGUCGGCAUCUUCCCCAGCAACUACGUGAGCAGCGGCGUGCAAGGGGGCGGCCCGGAGCUGCGCGCCCGCUACCCGCCGCCCCCCACCAUACAGCUCUUGGAGAUCGACUUCUCAGAACUUGUUCUGGAGGAAAUCAUUGGCAUAGGAGGCUUCGGAAAAGUAUAUCGAGCUGUGUGGAUAGGAGAUGAGGUUGCUGUCAAGGCAGCUCGUUAUGACCCUGAUGAGGACAUCAGCCAGACCAUUGAGAAUGUCCGCCAAGAAGCCAAGCUCUUUGCAAUGUUAAAGCAUCCCAACAUCAUUGCCCUCAGGGGCGUGUGUUUGAAGGAGCCUAAUCUUUGCUUGAUCAUGGAGUUUGCCCGUGGAGGAUCAUUAAAUAGAGUGUUGUCUGGUAAAAGGAUACCUCCUGACAUCUUAGUGAACUGGGCAGUACAGAUUGCAAAGGGAAUGAACUACUUGCACGAGGAAGCAAUUGUUCCUAUAAUUCACCGUGACCUGAAGUCCAGCAACAUACUGAUACUCGAAAAGGUGGAAAAUGGAGAUCUGAGCAACAAGAUAUUGAAGAUCACGGAUUUCGGCUUGGCCAGGGAAUGGCAUAAAACUACCAAAAUGAGUGCAGCUGGGACCUAUGCCUGGAUGGCUCCUGAGGUCAUCCGCUCCUCCAUGUUCUCCAAAGGCAGCGAUGUGUGGAGUUAUGGCGUGCUGCUUUGGGAGCUGCUAACAGGGGAAGUGCCAUUCCGAGGAAUUGAUGGUCUUGCAGUAGCCUACGGUGUUGCCAUGAAUAAACUUGCUCUUCCAAUCCCUUCCACGUGUCCAGAGCCUUUUGCCAAACUAAUGGAAGAUUGUUGGAACCCUGACCCACACUCACGACCUUCCUUUGCCAGUAUCCUAGGCCAUCUCACCGCUAUAGAAGAGUCUGGUUUCUUUGAAAUGCCCAAAGAUUCCUUCCAUUCCCUUCAGGAAGACUGGAAACAAGAGAUCCAAGAGAUGUUUGAUCAGCUCAGAGCCAAAGAAAAGGAGCUUCGCACAUGGGAAGAAGAGCUGACUCGUGCUGCUGUUGAACAGAAGAACCAUGAGGAGUUGCUCCGAAGGCGGGAACAGGAGCUGGCAGAACGUGAGAUUGACAUCCUGGAAAGGGAGCUCAACAUCAUCAUCCACCAGCUGUGUCAGGAGAAGCCUCGUGUGAAGAAACGUAUGGGGAAGUUCAAGAAAAGUCGGCUCAAGUUAAAAGAUGGCAAUAAUAUCAGCCUGCCUUCAGAUUUCCAGCAUAAAUUCACUGUGCAGGCUUCUCCAACAAUGGAUAAAAGGAAGAGCUUGAUCAGUAGCUGCUCCAGCCCUCCUGCAAGUCCUACCAUUAUUCCCAGACUCAGGGCCAUACAGUUGACUCCUGCUGAAAGCAGUAAAACAUGGGGACGAAACUCAGUCCUUCCAAAGGAGGAAGGAGAGGAAGAAGAGAAGAGAGGCCAGAAGAAAAAAGGACGCACCUGGGGACCAAGCUCACUUUGUCACAAGGAGCUAGGUGCAGGAGAGGACAGUCUGAAAGCUCUGGUAGAAGGAUACAAACAGUGGUCAUCCAGUGCACCAAACCUAGGGAAGAUUCAGAGAACUGCACCUGCUUUUCCAGGAUUCACCAGCUUAGCAGAGAUGGAUGAUGAAGACAGUGAAUGUCUUAAUGGGGAGGGCAAAGUGCACCCUUCACCUGGGCACAACCAGUCAUACCUCUGCAUCCCGUUUCAGAAGAAUGAUGACUGGGAUGGGCCUUCUAGUGAUGCCAAUGAUGAGUCCACUCCUGUGAACUCUGCUACAAGCACCCCACAGCUUACACCCACCAACAGCCUCAAACGUAGUGGCUCCCACCACAAACGGUGCGAGGUUGCCUUGCUUGGCUGUGGAGCGGUUCUGGCUGCUGCAGGCCUGGGGUUCGAUCUGCUAGAAGCGGGGAAGUGUCAGCUGCUGAUUGAAGAGGAGCCAGAGCCACCCAAGGAAGAGAAGAAGAAACGUGACAGCAUUUUCCAGCGAGCUGGGCGCCCACGCAGGAGCACUAGCCCUCCUUCUCGAAAAAUCUUCAAGAAAGAUGAGCCCAUGUUGUUGCUUGGCGAGCCAUCCACAUCCCUCACCCUUCUUUCCCUGUCUUCCAUUUCCGAAUGUAAUUCCACCCGAUCCCUGCUGCGCUCAGACAGUGAUGAGAUUGUGGUAUACGAAAUGCCUGUCAGCCCUGUGACAGUCAAGGCUCCCUUGCCAGCCAUUAAUAACCCACUAGUUAAUGUCCAGAUUGAGAGAUUCAAACAAGACCCCAACCAGUCCCUCACUCCCACGCAUGUGACGGUCUCUUCCCACACCCAGCAAGGCGGGCACAGGCGCACACCUUCUGAUGGGGCCAUCAAAGGGACUGGACUAGUUGUCAAUGGGUGCCCAACCAGUGGAUGCCCUUCCAGUAGCUGUUUAACUGGAGCACUGGGAGCAGGUGUAUUAAAAACACCUAGUCCAAGUAGAGAUCCAAAUGAGGUCCCUCGCCUGCCAGAUCCCAACCUUGUUUUUCCUCCAACCCCGAGACGAUGGAAUGCACAGCAGGACCCCACGCUGGAAAGACCCAAGACCCUGGAGUUCCUGCCUCGGCCUCGGCCCGCAGCCAGCCGGCAGCGGCUUGAUCCCUGGUGGUUUGUGUCACCCAGCAAUGCCAAGGGUGAAUCUUCUGCCAACAGUUCAAGUACUGACACUCCAAGCAAUCUGGACUCUUGUUUUGCUAGUAGCAGCAGCACUGUAGAAGAGAGACCUGGACUUCCUGCACUGCUUCCUUUCCAGGGGAGUCAUCCUGUAGAGGAGCGGACACUGUUGGACAUAGAUGCUGAGGGACAGAGCCAAGACAGCACCAUUCCGCUAUGCAGAAGUGAACUUAACACACACAAAGCUACAGCAUAUGAACUCAAGCAAGAAUUCUGGUCUUAGUAUGAAAUUCACUCGGGACAGUAAGCCCCUCUAAAUUCAAUUCUACUUUUUGCACUGAGAAUGCACUUUGAAGACAGAUGAGUUAGAUGCUACGGAGAUCGUAUGGUGCUGCCUCUGCUGAAGGUGUUGUUUAACUGCCUGAUUGUUGUCUGCAGUUGGGUGUAAUUUGGCGACUCAGAGCUGCUGACUUUGCUGUGGGGUUUUUCUGUAGUCUUCCCUGUCACCUUAUUGCAGUUUGUAUCUGCAGUAAGCUAAAAUUAUCAUAUCGAAGUCUUUGUUACUGACCUUGUAGGAUUUGGCACUUGCAGUGAGUAUCUAUCCUGGUAUUCAUCAGUAUUUUCAAAACUCAAAUGCUGUAAUACAGCAGAUGCCAGUAUUUAUUUUUCCCAAAAAUUCCAGGAAAGAAACAAGUAAAUAUUUGGAGACUACCUUCUCUGAAACGUGUCAUUAGAUAGGCCUGGGAAUCAUGGUGCCCCCACUGAAGGAGCAGAAGUAGCAGUCUUACUCUUUCUUGCCCUCUUUUGUUCAUGUCCUAGUGUAAGGUGGAUUGCUGAGGAAGGCUGUGGCGUCUCUAUUGGUGGAGGUCUUGGAGAAGAGACUGGAUGGUUGGGAAUGAGUAGGUGUAGUUGAUCCUGGCUUCAAGGCAGGGUGAGUGGACUUCAAUGAUCUUUUGAGGACCCUCUCAUUCCUAUUUUUUCAUGACCCUUUGCUUUUAAAAUAGUGACUGGGGGUGUUAUGACUACUUACUUCAGCCUGUUAUUUUGUUUCUAGCUGUGGUUCCAUUAGCCUCUUUUUUUGUCCCCCUGUGUCACAGACUCAUAGUUGAGUUGCCUCAGCUUUGGGAGGGAAAUGGACAGGAACUCUAACUUCUGCAAGCAACACGCAGCUUUAAAGAAAGUUAUGCCCCUCAUUGUUUUUCUUCCUGUUUCUCAUGUUUUUUAGGAGUGGCCCUGUAAACCCGAGGUGGUUCCUGUGCAUGCUGCUACUUGUUCAAGGCUCUUUUGAAAUUGAGACUUGCGUUGUUAGUAGUUGGAUUGUGCAAAUAGGAAUCAGAACAUCUGGAUUCUGUCUUCUUUAGUCACUGACUCACUGUGUGACCUUGGGCAAAUAAUGUAACCUCUCCGUGCCUGAAUUUCCCCAUCUGUAAAUAACAGGGAUAAUACCUACCUCACAAGGGGGGUGGGACCUAUGUAGUAUGUUCUUUGAGAUCUUUGUGUGGAAGGCAGUAUAGGCAAGUAAAAUUUGCCUAUUUGUUCAGAUUUGUAAAAGCUCUUACCUGGUCGAGGAAAACUGGGUAAGAAGACCUCCUGCCUUGAAGGAGGAAGUCACACGACUAAUGUGUGCAUACACUCAGUUUUCUUCAGAGGCUGCAAGUGUGUCUGCGCUCCCAGCAAGUCUGUGUUAUUGGGUUUAAUGAGAGCUUCAUUUGUUCCCAGUUUUGGCAUUAUAAAUAAGGGAUGUGGCCUUUUUACGUGAGUGUGUUAGGGUAGUCUGCUUUAUUGAGGGUACAGCUUAUCUGUUAGCUCUUCCUAUACAGAUCUUUGCUCAUUUUGCUCAUCUACUUACCAUUUGGGUGCAAAUAACUGAUUUGGCAGUGCUGCCAAUGCUGCCUUCCUGUCAGGGAAGUCCAGUCCUGUUGCGAAGGCACUGUGGAUGAGUACUUUCUUGCAGCAGCACAGAGAACAUGAGCGUUUAGAUGUUUAUAACCUUAAUAUUAAAAACCAGCAUGUGUGGGGAAAUAUUCUCCUUAGUAUUUUUAAUUCAGUUUGAGGGCUAAAAGCAUCAUGUUGCUGUGGGUCAAGUGUAUCUUCUUAGCAAGCAAGCACAGUAUGUUACCAUCAAGGAAAGUCAUGGACUUCUUGUUCCUCACAUUCCACAAAAUUUGUUUAAUGUCUGAAUUUCUUUUUGCUGCCUACUCCACUGAACUCUCCAGAGCUAGCCUUAAUGAUGCUACACUAGCUGCUAAUGCUGGAUAGACUUUUGACUGUGUAGACAAGGUGCUCUGGUGUGUUGCAAAGAAGAAAAUUGAUGUUUCUGGCACUUUUGUUAAGUGUAAACCUUUAGGGUUUUUUUUUUAUUAUUAUUUCUUGUGCAUUCUUCCUUUUGUUUUUCAUUUCUGAAACCUCAAUGUGUGUGUGAUCCAGGAACUUCAAAAACAAACAAACGCCAGCAAAAAGCACCUCAAGGGAAGCCUGAUCAGAAUUUGUGUCAGAAGAACAUAAAGCAAGGCAUUAAAACUAUCUAGUUUUCAGUCUCCCUUACCCUUUUUGAAAGUCUGAGACAAAACUGGAUCAGCUGUUCUUUCUAUGCAAAAAGCAUUAUUCCAAAGUGAUGGGAAGAAGCAUCUGCUCUGCAAAGACAUGAUGUAGAAUUGCUCUUUUGCAUAGGAAAGUUAAUGAAGUGUCAGAAUCCCUUCUCUCUCACUUUUAGAUAACCACUUGGU